AUGCGCUGCCUGCUGAGUUCUGUGCCAAGAACCCCCCCCCCCAUGUACAUCACCCUCUACUACAUAGUCACACGGCUCCCUGACUCCUUUCACUUAGUCAGGGACCACUUCCUCUCAGUUUGCCCCACCACAGUCACCGUUGACCUCCUCGAGGAGCGCCUCCUAGCAGUAGAGAAGAGCAUAGUCGCUGUAGGAGCCUCUUGUGGGGACCCUCGCACCCCCGUCUUUGAGAGGUGUUCCCCCUCCCCCCUCUUGCCCUCUGUUGCUUCUGCUGCUACAGCCGACCUCGUUGGCACCGAGUCGGUCGGCGUUGUGUCUGCCCCUAGCGAGAGACGCCGCACCGGCAAGGGCAAGGGGGGCAAGGGCGCUGGAGGGGCUGGCGGGGGCGGUGGAGGUGGUGGUGGAGGCAGUGGAGGGGGUGGGGGUGGUGGUGGGAGUGGUGGCGGGGGAGGAGGUGUCGGUGGCAGCAGUGGAGGCGGAGGAGGCGGCGACGGUGGCGGAGGGAGCGGAGGCGGCGGAGGUGGCGGAGGCGACAGAGGUGGCGCAGGCGGCGGCGGCAGCGGUGGAGCUGGUCGCGGCUUUGCGCAAAGGGGUGGUUCCGGUGGUGGUCCGCGCCAGCAGCAGCAGCGCAGUCAUGAGACCCCGUCCCCCCAGCAGCUUCGUGAGUGGUACGCUGCACGUCAGCGAGGUGAGGGUACUGGUCCCUGCACCUACGUCCUCCGUACCGGCGACCGCGCUGGUGAGCAGUGCGGGGGCCCGCACUCCACCCAGCGCUGCUUCGGCCGCCUGACGGACGCGUGGCGUCACCAGUUCCCUGACGCUACUGAGAUCCCUUGCUGGGGAGAGCUGUCUAGGGCGGGGGUUGCUAUCUUUGAUCUUGAUUAUGAUGCUAUUCUUGCUGCCAUGUAUGCUGUUUCUGCUAGUGAUGAGGGUGACUGUUACCUGUGUGUUCCGCCUGACCCGGGCAUUGAGGCUGCUGCUCUAAGUACUAGUGAGACUGCUGCUCUAGGUGCUAGUGCGUCUAGUGCCCCAGGUGCUGGUGAGUCUGCUCUCUCAGGUACCACGUCGGCUCAGGCCUUACACACCUUCACCCUUGACUCAGGUGCUUCCCGCUCCUUCUUUCGAGACCGCACCACGCUUACGCCGCUUAGUCGGCCAGUUGCAGUCUCCCUGGCGGACCCCUCUGGGGGUCCUGUCCUUGCUAGCUUCUCCACUGUCUUACCGUGCCCUGCAGCCCCCUCUGGCACCCUGUCAGGUCUCUACCUCCCCUCGUUCUCUACGAACUUGGUGAGUGGAGCUGAUCUACAGGAUAGGGGGGUUGACCAGUUCACUCCUGCGAGUCAACGCGUGACCCACUGCACGUGUGCUCGGACAGGCCGACACUUGGCCACGUUUACCUGCCGGCCGGGGACGAGCCUGUACACACUGACUACUGAGUCUCCUCCGGUUGCUGAGUCUGGGCCUGCCCCUACCCGCAUUCCCUGCGUUGAGGGGCAGCAGCGUGCCGCCCCUCACUCCUCCGAGUUUCCUCCGACAGAGGCUCCGCUGCAGACUCUUCACAUGGACGUAGGCGGGGAGUUUUCCUCUGCCCGUCUGGGAGCCUUCUGUCGUGCACAGAUCAUCCGCCAGACAUUCACGCUUCCGGCCUCUCCACAGCAAAAUGGGAUUGCUGAGCGCCGCAUUGGCAUGGUCAUGGACGUCGCUUGUACGUCCAUGAUCCAUGCGGCUGGCCCCCAUUUUCUGUGGCCGUUUGCGGUUCAGUACGCCGCGCAUCAGCUCAACCUUCAGCCCCGGGUCUCCUUGCCAGAGACCUCCCCCACCUUGCGGUGGACGGGGAAGGUUCGCGAUGCGUCUGCGUUUCGGGUUUGGGGAUCUCGGUCGUUUAUCCGCGACUUGUCUGCGGACAAGCUGUCCCCCCGUGCUGUUCCCUGCGUAUUCCUUGGCUUCCCCCCUAACGCGCCUGGGUCCUCCCCUGGUAGACCCCCUCCCCCCACAGGGUCCGGCCCCGUCAGGGUAGACGCAGUCGAGCGUGUCGAGGUAGCUAUUGACUCUGGUGCUGCUAUAGGUGCUGAACCUGCGGGUGCCGGGUCUGGAGGUGCUCAGCCUUGGGGUGCGGAGUCUGGGGGUGCUGAGCCUGGGGGUGCUGAGUCUGGGGGUGCUGAGCCUGGGGGUGCUGAGCCUGGGGGUGCGGAGCCUGGUGGUGCUGGGUCUGCUCGUGUGGCCUCUCACGGUGCUUCGUCGAGGCGGGAGCUACUCUCUCCGCAGGAGCUGCGCGAGUCGUUUGCCCGGCGCUGGAGCCGAGCUGCUGGAGCUGGAGGUGCUACUGUUGGUGCUGGUCCUGGAGGUGCUCGUACUGACGGUACUGGAGCUGCUGGGACUGGGGGUGCUGCUGGGGCUGUUGGAGUUGGUGCUGCUGGAGCUGCUGGAGCUGGAGAUGCUGGGGGUGUUGGCGCUGGUGCUUCUGAGGGUGCUGGAGUUGGCGCUUCUGGAGCUGGAGGUGAUGCUGACACUGGUGCUGUCGCUGGGGGUACUGGUGUUGUCCCUGCUGUUUCUGGAGGCGUUGCGCGGCCGCGGCCGUACUUCGUUCCGCUCCUUGAGCAGUUACAGCCCGCCUCCCCCAUACCUGCUCCUUCUCCCUACACUGGUCCUACUAGAGAUAUUGCUGAGCGUCCUGAGCCUGCGUCUCGUCCUGCGUCGCCUGUUCGUGCUGCUCGCACUAGUGGUCGUGCUCCGCAUCCGCGUCCUCCUGCGGUCCCAGGAACACACCAAAUGGCACUGAGUCCUUCCACUGCUCCUCUGCGUGUCCCGUUGCCGUCUCCUCCAGAGUCCUCUCUUCCUAUUCUUGCUGACCCGGAGUCUGACUCUCUUCGUGCUGCCAGUCCUACUGUCACGCGUCUCCUGGCUACUGUUGUCACUGGCCCUUCCUUUGAGUCCACUGCAGCGUCAGCCCUCGUUGCUGAGCUUGUCGACUUUGCCGCUCGCUCUCACGUCCUUGAGGACAGGCAGGAGGAGUUCCAGUGUUUUGCUGCUGCUUUGCCUCAUCUCGUGUCCACGCUGAUUGCCCCUGAGGGAGACCUGGAUGCACCAGACAUCCCGACUCCUCGAUCGUACGCUGAGGCGAUCGAGGGUCCCUACUCCUCUCAGUGGCAGACAGCCAUGGACGCAGAGAUGGCUUUCUGGAAGUCCACAGGCACCUACGUCGACGAGGUUCCCCCACCUGGGGCGAACAUCUGGAGCCUGCGGCGGCCACUCAACGGUCUCUGCCAGGCGCCCCGUGAGUGGCACGACACACUGAGGACUACACUUGCGGCUCUUGGCUUUGCUCCUUCGACUGCCAACCCGUCGUUGUUUUUGAGCACCGACACCUCUUUGCCGCCGUUCUACAUCCUCAUGUACGUCGAGGACUUGGUCUUUGCCACUGCUGACACUGCUAGACUCGCCCACGUGAAGUCCGAGCUGCAGAAGAGACACACGUGCACAGACCUAGGUGAACUGCGCACCUACCUUGGCUUGCAGAUCACCCGGGACAGAGCACAGCGCACCAUUACCCUGACUCAGUCACACAUGGUGCAGCAGGUCCUUCAGCACUUCGACUUCACGUACUCCUCGCCUCAGACCACUCCUCUGUCUAGUCGCCACUCGCUCUCAGCUCUGCCUUCGGAUAAGUCCGUAGAGUCGAGUGGCCCGUACCCAGAGCUUGUUGGCUGCCUCAUGUACCUGAUGACCUAUACACGACCUGACCUUGCAGACCCUCUUAGCAUCUUGGAACGCUAUGUUUCUCUUGGGAGACACCGACCAGAGCACAUGGCUGCAGCGAAGAGGGUGUUGCGCUACUUGUGUAGUACGUUGGGCAUGGGGCUAGUGCUUGGAGGGCGACGUCGAGUGGUCCUCACAGCCCAUUGGGUUUAG